GUUUGCAGAACGACCACAAGGCCCUGAUGAAGCAGGUGGAGGAAGCUCUGCACCAGCUGCACGCCCGGGAGAAGGAGAAGCAUGCCAGGGACGAGGCAGAGGCCCUGGCUGAGGCCCAGAGCCAGAGCCAGAGCCUGCCCCAGCCCUUCGCCAAGGUGAACGCCGUGACCCCAGGCUCUCCCGCCAGCAUCUCGGGACUCCAGGUUGAUGAUGAGAUUGUGGAGUUUGGCUCUGUCAAUGUGAACAACUUCCAGAACCUGCAGAACAUUGCCACAGUGGUGCAGCACAGCGAGGGGAGGCCUCUGAGUGUGACCGUGCUCCGCAGCGGCAGAAAGGUGCACGUGGGGCUGACUCCGAAGCGCUGGGCCGGGAAGGGCCUCCUGGGCUGCAACAUCAUUCCCUUACAGAGAUGA